AUGCUUCUCGGUGGGAAUCGGAGACGACGGCUGUGGUUGUCGCUCUAUCUCCUCUCUCUCCUCAUUCCCCCACUCCAUUCCUCAGCCUUAAUGCCGAGUACUGGUAAGCCUAGACUACCAGUAUAACCCCUCUCUUUAGUCGUAUCUCAUUUUCUUGAUUCAAUCCGAAUAGUUGGUCGGCUAGCGGCCGAGCCAGGUGAUUCUUGUCUUCUGGACGCUCAAUGCUCUUUGUCGGGUGACGUAAUUUGUUCACAAAAGGGUCUUUGUGAAUGUGCCAUCGGGUCUUGGAAUGGGGCUCAGUGCGUUUCUUUUGACGACGAGAAUCAGGAUGAGCAAUAUGCUGGGAGUGGAGAAGGUAACUAAAAAAAAGGAGAGUAUUCUUUUAGAAAUUGCAACUACUGAGAAACCAGAAUGUUCUAGCUUAGAAGUGGAGAAGAAUGGAAAGUGUUAUGUCAGGAAAAAGCCUGGUGAAACCUGUGAUUUCUCUGAGCAAUGCAUGAAUAUCGGCGACGUCCAAUAUUAUUGCAUUGCCAAUAUUUGCCAAGAAGCUCCAGGUAAAGCACGUCAGGGUUAAUAAUGUUCUUAGAAUGCCCCCCUGGAUAUGUUGCCAUGGGCGCUGAAUGUCUUCCUUAUUCUGUCACUGGAGGGCCUUGUAUACAUCCAAUCCAAUGUCUGACUGGUUCUGUUUGUAUCAAAGGCAAAUGCAGAGGCCCGUGUGAUUUCAAUCAAGUAUUCCUUGAAGAGUCUUGUGUGGAUUACGGUAGUUUUAUCGUUAAUUUAUUCAAGUUAUUUUAAUCUCAGAAGGUGCUGGAUGUGUCGCCAUUUCUUGUAUCAGCAACAAAUGUCCUCGGUCCUUUCCUUCCUGCAAUUAUAUUGCCCAGCAAAAGGAUUACCUGUGUUGUGAUCGGUCUAUGGGUGGGUUUUGUGUGAUUAUAACCUUUAGUUUUUUAAAUCUACGUUAUGAUGAUUGAGACUUUUUUAGAGACAAAAGUUACUUGUCCGCUCCCCAAUUCGGAGCCUCAGAGAGACAAGGAGACGGGGAAUGUGGUGGAAUGUAUGCACCGGCCUUGCACUGCCAACUAUCGCUGUGUCUUUGCAUCUUAUGGGAGGGGGAAAUACAUUUGUUGUUCUAAACCCAAACCAAAACCGAAAACCGAAGAAAAUGAGAUGGUUGAAGAAGAAGAAGAAUUCUAUGGGGAGAAAACAACCACGAAGGGACCGUGGGUCCCUCCUCCUCCUCGACCCGUGGACACUCCAUGGACACCGGACCCAAGACCCGUACAGAAUAACAUGAACUGGCCCUACAACAAUAACAACAACUACAAUAAUUGGGGUAAUUGGAAUAGCAAUUACAACAAUUGGGGCACAAACUGGGCUAACAGAAAUUGGGGAAACCAGAAUUGGAAUAGUGGAUGGGGCCGAAAUAAUAAUUGGAAUAAUUAUAACUACGGACAGCAAUGGAACAACGGUCAUGCCCUCAGGCGACGGAAGUUGAGACCUCAGAAAGAACUGGGAAAAGGUAUGCCAUCCACAAGAUCCAACUGGAUUGUCGGAUCACGCAACUUUCCCCGGAGACUGGUUCGAAAACGGCCGAAGAGGCCUUUUGUAAACACUCCAUUCGUUCAACAUCAUCCUGGAGUGGACAAUCAGACCGGCAAUACUACUUAUGAACUGAGCACAGAAAUCGUCGAGCCUGAAUAUAGGCACAGCUGGACCCAUGCUAUCAAAGUUCUCAUUUAUUGGUGCUGUACGAACAAGCCUUGUAUAUAUCGGGAUCAUUUGGAUGCAUUCUGCAGCAAGAUACUCGACACCGACAUGAUAACUCAACAUCUCGCAGCAACCGAAAUGGACGAAUACAUGGAUACUGAGGUGAGGGAAAACACCAAGGACCCAGACCCCAGCUUCCCCAUUAAUGUAGUAUAA